CCUUGCAAACUGAUAGUACUUCCAACUCUCAAUUUUCCACAAAUUCUCUCUCUCUUUCUCUGUCUCUCUCUUUGGCAAAAAAAAAAAACAAACACCUCUUGCACCUUUUUAUUAUCUUUUUCUCUCUCCUGUUUUUGUACCCUCUAACUUUAAUUAAAAAGAAAAGAAAUUUUUUACUCUUUUUAGGUUUUUUGAAUUAGUAUUUAUUAUGCACUCUGUAAUAUUUUGAAAAAGUCGGUUCCAAUUUUUUUUUUACCCUUUCUUUUAGAAUUUCUCUAUUGUUUAUAUAAAUGUUGGGUAUUUUGUGUAGGGAUAUUUUGGUUAGGAUUCAGGUAGAUAGAGAUAGAAAGUAGAGAGAGAAAGAGGAAAGGAAGAGAAAAUGGGAGGAGGUUCUUGUGAAGGUGGGGAUCUGAUAUUUCCUUUUCGCGUUGAAUUCUCCUAAUAGCUUUUUUGUUUGACACAAACAUAUAUACACACAAAUACUUGGGAGGGACGGAGAGAGAGAGAGAGAGAACGUGAGAAAGAGAGAAAGAGAGCUUAAAAAAGGAUGAUAGAUCCCAUAAGAAACUAAAGCUAAGCUAUUACUUUCUUGAUUUUGUUUGUGUUUGCAAAAAGCCCAUUUUGUGAUUGAUUUUAUUUUAUUUUUUAUUUUUUUUGUUUUUCCUUUUGCCACCCUGAAAAUGCAAAUUUGUCUAAUCUGAAAGCAUUCACACCUUGACCAUUUUUCAAUUGCUGCUUUAGUGGGAUAUUUUGCAAAUAAAGUCCUGAAUUUCCAGUUUAUCUUUUUUCCAGCUCCUGCUCUUAUAACCCAAUUGGAAACCAAAAGCCACACAGACAUACAGAGAGAGAUACAGAUUCAAAUAAAAAAAAAUAAAAAUAAAAAGAAGAAGAAGAAGAAGAUAGAAAAAAAGAGAAAAGAAGAGGAGGUUCAUUUGGGUACAUAGCAGGGUUUUUCUUUUUUUCCUUUUUUUUUUUUUAUUUUUUGGUUUCUUCCACCUGGGUUUGCUAGAAAAAUUCCCGGUAACAAAAUUUCCUAUACGUGAAAUGAGAGCAGGCUUGAGUACGAUCCAGCAAACCCUGACGCCGGAGGCGGCCAGUGUACUGAACCAUUCGAUCGCCGAGGCUGGUCGUCGGAAUCACGGCCAGACAACGCCGCUCCAUGUGGCGGCGACGCUGUUGGCCUCGCCUUCUGGGUUCCUCCGCCAAGCAUGUAUCAAAUCCCAUCCCAAUUCUUCACACCCACUCCAGUGCAGAGCUCUCGAGCUCUGCUUCAGCGUUGCUCUGGAGCGUCUUCCUACCGCACAAAACAUGAGCCCGGGGAUGGAGCCCCCUAUCUCCAAUGCUCUCAUGGCGGCCCUUAAGCGCGCUCAGGCUCACCAGCGCCGUGGUUGCCCCGAGCAGCAACAGCAGCCUCUGUUAGCCGUCAAGGUCGAGCUUGAACAGCUCAUCAUAUCCAUACUCGACGACCCCAGUGUGAGCCGAGUCAUGCGCGAAGCCAGCUUCUCCAGUCCCGCCGUGAAAGCCACUAUCGAACAGUCUCUGAAUUCCUCUGCUGCAGCCUCCGCCGCCGCAGCCGCCGUGGCCAAUUCGUCUCCAAUUGGAUUGGGAUUCCGGCCAACGGCGGUGGCUGUGCCGAGCCGGAAUUUGUAUUUGAAUCCGCGGUUGCAGCAGCAAGGGAGCGCGGCCCAAUCGGGGCAGCAGAGAGGGGAGGAACUGAAGAAGGUCGCGGAUAUAUUGGCGAGGACGAAGAAGAGGAAUCCGGUAUUGGUUGGCGAUUCGGAGCCAGAGGCCGUGAUUAAAGAGCUUUUGAGGAGGAUUGAGAACAAAGAAUUGGGAGAAGGGUCGCUACAUAAUGUUCAGGUUGUUUCUUUGGAGAAAGAUCUCUGUCCCGAUAGGACACAGAUACUUGGUAAAGUGAAAGAGUUGGGGGGUUUGGUUGAGACCCGAAUGGCCAAUUCCAACGGCUCUGGUGUUAUUCUUGAUUUGGGUGACUUGAAAUGGCUCGUAGAGCAGUCCGUGAGCGUCGGAGGAGUUCCGGGUUCCGGCAUGGUGCAGCAACAGGUUGUUUCGGAGGCUGGUCGUGCCGCGGUGGCAGAGGUGGCAAAACUUUUGGCAAGGUUCGGUGAGGGUGGUGCCGGUUCAGGCCGGCGGCUUUGGUUAAUUGGGACUGCUACAUGUGAAACAUAUUUGAGAUGCCAGGUCUAUCAUCCUUCAAUGGAAAAUGAUUGGGAUCUACAGGCAGUGCCAAUUGCAGCUAGAGCGCCUCUUCCGGGAUUGUUUCCUAGGAUUGGGACCAAUGGAAUUCUUAGCAGUUCAGUUGAAUCACUUUCUCCAUUGAAGGGUUUUCCAACAACAAUUGCUCCACCAAGAAAGUUGUCUGAAAACUUGGAUCCCUCUCGAAGAACAAAUUGUUGCCCACAGUGCAUGCAGAGUUAUGAAAAGGAGCUAGCAAAACUUGUAGCCAAGGAGUCUGAGAAUCCGUCUUCUGAUAUAAAACCAGACGCAACUCGACCACUGCUGCCACAAUGGCUUCAGAAUGCUAAAACCCGUGAUGGUGAUGUUAAAAGCUUAGAUCAGACGCAGACUAAGGACCAAGAAUUGAAUUUGAAGCAGAAGACCCAAGAAUUGCAAAAGAAAUGGAGCGAAACAUGUUUGAAUCUUCAUCCUAGUUUUCAUCAGCGCAAUUUCAGCUCUGAGAUAAUGGCUUCAACACCACUCUCCAUGACGGGCUUGUACAAUCCGAAUUUGCUUGGUCGACAACCUUUCCAGCCCAAGUUACAAAUGAAUAAAAACCUUGGGGAAUCUCUGCAAUUGAACAUAAAUCCGCCAGCACCAGCUCCAUCACCAUCGCCGGCGCUGAACCAACCAUCUGAACGGACAGUAUCCCCACCGGGAAGCCCUGUGAGGACUGACCUGGUUCUCGGUCAAACCAAAGUCUCAUCAGAAGCCACACCAGAGCAGACUCACAAAGAACGUAUCAAAGACUUUAUGGGCUGCAUACCUUCAGAACCACCACAAAACAACAAACUCGCUGAAGUGUUGCAGAGUGAUUAUAAGAAUCUAUGCCAAUUAGACGCUGAUUCCUUCAAGAAACUCUUGAAAGGUUUGAUGGAGAAGGUGUGUUGGCAGACGGAAGCAGCCACCUCUGUGGCUGCAACCAUGACAAAAUGCAAAUUGGGCAACGGCAAGCGACGUGGUGCCGGAACGAAAGGAGACAUGUGGUUAUUGUUCAUGGGUCCAGACAGGGUUGGCAAGAAGAAGAUGGCAUGGGCUCUUUCGGAGCUUGUCUCGAGGUCGAGCCCCGUGAUGGUAUCUCUGGGCUCGCGUCGAAGGGAUGGGGAAUCGGAUAUGAGUUUUCGUGGCAAAACGGUUCUUGAUCGGAUUGCAGAGGCAGUUAGGAGGAACCCAUUUUCAGUGAUCAUGAUCGAAGAUAUCAAUGAGGCGGAUUUAAUAGUUCGCGGGAGCAUAAAAAGGGCAAUGGAAAGAGGUCGUCUAGCUGAUUCUCAUGGCCGCGAAAUCAGUCUAGGAAAUGUCAUAUUCAUUCUCACAGCUGAUUGGUUGCCAGAGAAUCUCAAAUUCUUAUCGACUGGAGCUCUACUCGACGAAAACAAGCUCGCCAAUAUAGCUAGAGGGAAUUGGCAAUUAAGGCUAUCACUUUGCGAGAGGUCUGCGAAACGGCGAGCCAAUUGGAUUCAUGAAGAUCAUGAUCGAAGAUCACCUGCAAAGCCAAGGAAGGAGACGGGUUCGGGACUAUCGUUUGAUUUGAACGAAGCUGCAGAUAUCGAAGACGAGAAGGCAGAUGGGUCACACAAUUCAAGCGAUCUCACAAUCGAACACGAAGAUGAACAUGGUCUCAACCACAGGCCUUCAUCAUUUGCAUCCUUAUCGGUUUCACGAGAACUGCUUGAUAAUGUCGACGACGCUAUCGUCUUCAAGCCGGUGGAAGUCCAACCCAUUAGGAGUACCAUCACUAACUCCAUAACCAAAAGGUUUUCGUCAAUCAUCGGAGACGGAAUGCCAUUGGAAGUUGAAGAAAACGCUGUGGAAAAGAUACUUGGUGGGAUAUGGCUGGGACGGACUGGUUUAGAGGAAUGGACGGACAAAGUACUGGUUCCGAGCUUCCAGAGGCUCAAGUCGAGCCUAACGGUUUCACCGCCCGAUAAGUCGUCGAUGGUGGUUAGGCUCGAAUUAGACGGCGAUUUGGAUGGCCGGAGAUGUGGUGAUUGGUUGCCCGGAAACAUCAAGGUGGUGGUGACUGAUGCAUGAUGAUGAUGAUGAUGACGACGACGAUAAUGGGGGGUCGGAAACAAACAAAACCGCGUGGAGGAUAGGGAUGGUAUUUUUCCCCCGUGUUGGAUAGAAAUGUAAAUAUGGUCAGCUGCUUGGCGGAGUUAGUCAAAAUACGUAAAGAAAAAAAAAAAAAAGAAAAAAAAACCGUUAGAAAAAAGGAGACGUUGGAUGGGUAUACGGAAGUCUCAUCCUUUUUUCUUUUAGUUUUUUUUUUUUUUUUGUUAGUAUUAUUUAUUAAUUUCUUUAUGUCUAAAAUUUUAUAGGAUAUAUUAUUAUAUAAUCAUAAAUAUUUAUUAAUUACAUGGAUGAUGAUUAAUAAGACUGAGGUAUUCCUCCUCUUUUAUUUUUA